AUGGAGGGGAAUCAGCGCCAAGCUAGAGCUAUUGGCACCUAUGAUCAACCCAAUAUACAUGGUAGUAGGCUGGGUAUCAGGACACCAACUGUGGAGAACAACAACUUUGAGAUCAAAUCCAGCUUGAUCAACAUGAUAGAGAACAACAAAUAUCAUGGUCUUGCUUUGGAGGAUCCACUUGAUCACCUGGAUCAAUUUGAUAAGUAUUGUGGCCUGUCAAAAACAAAUAGUGUCUCUGAAGAUGCCUUCAAGCUGAGAUUGUUUCCAUUCUCUUUGAGAGACAAAGCUCACACAUGGGAGAAGAACCUUCCAAGUGACUCUAUCACCAUUUGGAAUGAAUGCAAGACAACCUUCUUCAACAAGUUCUUCUCUAGCUCAAGGACUGCCAAGCUUAGGAAUGAGAUCUCUGGGUUUCAACAGAGGAAUCUUGAAGGUUUUAGUGAAGCAUGGGAAAUGUUCAGAAGCUACUGGUCUCAAUGCCCACAUCAUAGUUUUACCAAGGAGAGUCUGCUCAGUACCUUCUAUAGAGGAAUUUUACCUAAGUUCAGAAGCCAGCUGGAUACUGAUAGCAAUGGGUUCUUCUUGGGGAGAACUGAAGAAGAUGCUGAGAAACUUGUAGAGAACAUGUCUCAUAGAAGCAACAUAGGGAGUGGAGGAGAUGAUCAGAACACAAGGAAAGAAUUGAAGGCUCUACAAGACAAGUUGGAUAAGAUUCUCUCAGAUAGAGCUAAACAAGAGAAGAUGAACUCUGUUGGUGAGCAGAAACAAGAGGAGAUUGCUGUGGUUAAUGAAGUUGAUGGUCUAGAAGGUCAAGAAGAGUUGUGCUUUGUGAAUGCUAAUGGGACAUGGUACAAGAAGGAGCCUAACUUUCAGUACCACAACAACUACCAGCAAAAGCCCUUCUACAACAACCAACAAGGUGGUUACCAGUCUACACAAGGCCAAACUGGGUCUUCCACUUCUGCCCCUCAAGAGAGUAGCACCAAUACUAUGUUGAAGCAAAUCUUGGAGUCUCAGAAUAACACUGCAAAGAACAUUGGAGAUGAAUUGAAGAUUCUCCAGACCAAGAUUGAUGGGAACUACAAUGACCUCAGCGACAAGUUCCUACAACUCUCCUCUCACUUCAAGGCUUUGAAGAAUCAGUUUGCCUCUAUGCCUUCAACCUCCAAGCGCCCAAUGGGAUCUCUACCAGGGAAAUCAGAGCAACACCCUAAAGAGUAUUGCAAUGCUAUCCUCUCUACUACUUCUGAGAUGGAGUUGAGUGAUCAUAGGAAAGAAGUAAAUGAGCUUGAAAGACCCAUGUAUGGAACAGAAGUUGUUGCCACGGCUGAAGCACAGAUUGUGGAGAAGGUUGGACAGAGGGUUGAAGCAAAGAUUGUGACGAGAGCUGAGCUCAAAGCUGAGAAACCAAUUAUUGAGAAUGUUGUCAAGAAGUUGAAGGAGGUUAAGCUGGAAGAGACCCAUGAGGUUGAGCAGUCACCCUAUGAUAAGCUUCCAUUUCCACAAAGGCUUCUCACAAAGGCUCAAAAGAAGGUGAUCUCCAAGUUUAGAAAAGACAUGGGUGAUGUAGCAGUCAACCUUCCACAGAUAACGAAUAUGCAUGAUGCUCAUGUCCAAAUGAUGCUCAUCAAGGACAUUCUAGCUCACAAAGAAGAAGUAGGAGAGCUUCUAAACAUCUCUACUAUGCAGCUUGAUCCACCAGUCACACCAAAGUCCCUUCCCAAACUAGAAACCCAAGGGAAGUUCACCUUGUCUUGCUCCCUUGAGAUGGUGAAGAGUCUUGAGAUUGAAAACAUGGAGCCAAACACAUCCUUACUAAUGUUGGGGGACUCCUCUUCUACAACUCCAAUUGGUCUCAUCAAGGACUUUCCUUUGAAGAUUGGAGCUUGCACCAUUCCUAUUGACCUCACUGUUUUGAAGAUGGCAACUGGGAAGAGAGUCCCAUUGAUCCUUGGAACACCAUUUCUAACAACAGUAGGAGCUUGCAUUGACUUUGCCAACAAGAAGGUCACACUCCUCAAUGUGAACAAAGCUGUCUCCUACCCAAUCAAGUCUGCAAUGAUGAAUGUUGAGUAUUGUGGAACUAUCACUUGUGGAGAACCUUCCACUGAAAAGAUCAAGGAUGAAAUGGUUGAGGAGGUGGGUAGAGCCACAGAGGCUACUCAUCACAAGAAGAAGAUGAUCAAAGAACCUUAUCCCGCUCCUAUUGAGAAAUCUUCACACAUUCUAACUCUUUAUCCAAUGAAGAUCAAAGAUGGAGUGAUUGAGUACAAGAUCAAGUGCAAGGGAGAGUCUAAACCAUUCUCAAGUGCAAGGGCCAUCAUAACUCCUCAGCUCCAAGAUGAUCAACUCAAGCUUCAAGAGCUCCUCUCUCAGGUCCUCAUCAUCACUCUUGAAGGUGGGAAGGAUCCUCCUUCUCCAUUCUCCACUUGA